AUGCCAACAUAUGUUCCUAUUGCUACUGGAUUAAACAAAACCGCUUCAUUUAAUAAUUGUUCCGACAUCUGCAAAGAUUUAUUGAAAUGUCGCUUUUGGUACGACGCAUAUUACGAGCCCCUUGGCUGCUCAAGAAACACUACAGUUCAGAGGACGCAGCUACUGCUGCAACAGGCAAGACAAUACCCAAAAAUCCGCUAGAGGACAAACAAUCCGCACAACUGCAAAAGGAGAACGGUGCAAUAUUUGACAAGAAACCAUUCAAAAUUCACCUGGAGGAGAAUAAAAACUAUAGUUGGUGCUUAUGCGGAAAAUCGAAAUCUCAGCCACUCUGCGACGGCAUGCACAAAAAUGAAUUUCUAAAGAUAAAGCAAAGGCCCAUUAAAUUCAGGGUUGAAAAGACCGGCGAUUACUGGCUCUGCAAUUGCAAGCAGACUACCCAUCGGCCCUUCUGCGACGGCACACACAAACAGCCACACAUCCAAGCGGCUGUCAAAUAGUUCAAGCUAUGGUCAGAUUUGCAAAUAGUUUGUUAUGUCCGCCUUUGCCAGUGCAUCCCCUGUCGUUACGCCGGCUAGCCAUCGGCUCAGGGUCAGAUUCGACCGCGACAGGGGUGCGGCAGACCAAGGCGGACAUAACAAGAUGGCGCCCAAUAUAAAUACACCUGGGUCUACAUUUUAGCAAAUGUUGCCCCAGUUCGAAGCGAA